AGUAACUUAGGAAUUUUUUUCUUCUGAGAAGCCCAGGCGGUUGCUUCCUACUCUCCUCAGCCCGAGUGCACCAACUGCAAAGUCCUUUCAGGUCCGUCUCCUUCAGAAGCCCGCGAAACCGGCAGACAACCCUGCGCAUGCUCAAAUCCUCCAGCUUCUGGCGCACUGUCUGGGGCGGUUUGCGCAUGUGCGAGAGCAAGCCGCACAUUUUUGCCCCAAGGGCUUGCCGUACCGUCCAGGCGACGAGUUGCGUCCUGGUUCGGCCUCGUGUCCUGGCGUGUGGCGACUGUUCUGCUGCCACAGUCGCCACCGCCGACAUGAACCGCGAGAGCUUCGCGGCUGGCGAGCGGCUGGUGUCGCCGGCUUACGUGCGGCAGGGCCACGAGGCCCGCCGCUCGCAUGAGCACCUCAUACGGCUGCUUCUGGAGAAGGGCAAGUGUCCAGAGGAUGGUUGGGAUGAAAGUACACUUGAACUCUUUCUACAUGAACUUGCAAUCAUGGAUAGCAACAAUUUCCUGGGCAAUUGUGGUGUGGGAGAAAGGGAAGGGAGAGUGGCAUCUGCGUUAGUUGCUCGGCGUCAUUACAGGUUCAUUCAUGGAAUUGGACGAUCGGGUGAUAUUUCUGCUGUGCAACCAAAAGCUGCAGGUUCUAGCCUUUUGAACAAAAUUACCAAUUCUUUGGUCCUGGACAUCAUAAAGUUGGCUGGUGUCCAUACAGUGAGCAACUGCUUUGUAGUUCCUAUGGCAACUGGUAUGAGUCUAACUCUGUGUUUCUUGACAUUAAGACACAAAAGACCAAAGGCGAAAUAUAUUAUAUGGCCAAGAAUAGACCAGAAGUCCUGCUUUAAAUCCAUGAUCACUGCAGGUUUUGAGCCUGUGGUGAUAGAGAACGUUUUAGAAGGUGACGAGCUGCGCACAGACCUGAAAGCAGUGGAGGCUAAAGUCCAGGAACUUGGGCCUGAUUACGUUCUGUGUGUUCAUUCGACUACAUCCUGUUUUGCUCCAAGGGUGCCUGAUAGAGUAGAACAACUGGCUGUGAUUUGUGCUAAUUAUGACAUUCCACACAUAGUCAACAAUGCUUAUGGAGUGCAGUCUUCAAAGUGUAUGCACCUCAUUCAGCAGGGUGCUCGGGUUGGUAGAAUAGACGCUUUCGUCCAGAGCUUGGAUAAAAAUUUUAUGGUUCCAGUAGGUGGUGCUAUAAUUGCUGGCUUUAAUGAUUCCUUCAUUCAGGAAAUCAGCAAGAUGUAUCCAGGCAGAGCUUCAGCUUCACCUUCUUUAGAUGUCCUUAUUACUUUAUUGUCACUUGGAUCAAAUGGCUAUAAGAAACUAUUAAAAGAAAGAAAGGAAAUGUUUUCAUAUUUGUCCAACCAACUGAAGAAGCUGUCAGAAGCCUACAAUGAAAGACUGUUGCAUACACCUCACAAUCCCAUAUCCUUAGCUGUGACACUUAAGACACUAGAUGAGCACCGUGAAAAAGCUGUCACUCAGCUUGGCUCAAUGCUUUUUACCAGACAGGUUUCUGGAGCCAGUCCACCAAGUACACUCGGAACUACACCUGAGAAUUCAGCAUGGAGUAAAAGAAUGAGAUAGAGACUCUGUAAGGCCGUGACACACUCACCUGUGGACUGCAUAUGCCUCAGAUAGUCACAAAAGAGAGGAGCAUUGUUUGUUUGAAUAAACACACAGAAACAAAGUUUCCUAACCUCUCUGUACAAAUUUUUGUCUUUAUUUUCCUGUGUUAGAUAAUCUUCAGUAGUGUCACGUUAUGGUGUUAGAAAUAAGUCAUCUUCAUUACUAAACUUAAGUGAAAAUGUUUCUAAGGAAAAGUUCAUUUUCUAAACUAAAGAGGUUAUGCAAUUUUUGUCUAAGUACUGCCUUUGAAAAAUGUACUUUUUGCUCUUAUAUAUACGUGGCUUAAAAAUGAAUUUCGAUUUUUAUUUUAUAUUUGAUGAGGUCAGAGAAAAAUGACUUGAAAAGAAGUAUGUUGUUCUAAGUACUCUUCUUUACAUACUUCUAUUCAAGAAUUUCUCCGUACCAGAGGUUAGAGAUUUCACAUCAAAGGACAACUUUUUAGAAGAAAAGGUCUUAGAUUAGUUUAGCUUUUCCCUUGAUGAACUAUAUCUGUUUACAGCAUAGUUUUGACACUUCUCAAAUGGUUUUCUUAGCCUUGCUUUUGGUGUUGCCACUAUUUGUAUGUUUAGGUUGAUCUUAAUUGACUUCUUAACAAAAAAAAAAGGACCACUAGAAAUCUGCUUAUAUUGGGGCCGGCCCGGUGGCUC